AUGAAGCCUCCAUACAAAAUUGCUGAUGAGAAGCUAGCUGAGCUUGGUCGCAAUGAGAUCAUGUUGGCUGAAAAAGAAAUGCCUGGACUUAUGGCAUGUCGUCGCAAAUAUGCUCCAUUGAAGAUUCUCAAAGGUGCCAGAAUAGCUGGCAGCCUUCAUAUGACUGUGCAGACAGCCGUCCUCAUUGAAACUCUCAUAGAGCUGGGGGCUGAGGUUCAAUGGUCGAGUAGCAACAUCUACAGCACACAAGAUGAGGCCGCGGCAGCGUUGGUUGCUGUUGGAAUACCAAUCUAUGCUUGGAAAGGAGAAACAGAGGAAGAGUAUACUUGGUGCAUUGAACAAACACUAAUUUUUCCAGAUGGAAAGCCUCUGAACAUGAUUUUGGAUGAUGGAGGUGAUCUUACUAACUUAGUACAUAAAAAGUUCCCUCAAUUGCUAGAAGGUAUCAGAGGGCUUUCUGAAGAAACAACAACUGGAGUUCACAAUCUUUAUAAAAUGUUCCGAGCAGGUGAAUUAAAAGUGCCUGCUAUUAAUGUAAAUGAUUCAGUGACCAAGAGCAAAUUUGACAACUUAUAUGGAUGCAGAGAAUCACUGCUUGAUGGAAUCAAGAGGGCAACAGACAUUAUGGUAGCCGGGAAAGUGUGUGUUGUUGCUGGCUAUGGUGAUGUGGGCAAAGGAUGUGCUCAAGCAUUUAAAGGAUUCGGUGGCAGAGUUAUUGUAACAGAAAUAGAUCCUAUAAAUGCUCUUCAAGCUGCAAUGGAGGGAUUCCAAGUGACAACUAUGGAUGAAGCCUCUGAAGUAGGACAAAUAUUUGUAACAACAACUGGUAAUAUUGACAUCAUUACAAAGGAUCAUUUCUUGAAGAUGAAAGAUGAUGCUAUUGUUUGUAACAUAGGUCACUUUGAUUGUGAAGUAGAUGUUGCUUGGUUAGACAACAAUGCUAAGAAAGUUAACAUCAAACCACAAGUAGACCGUUAUGAGCUUGCCAAUGGAAAUCACAUCAUCGUACUUGCGGCCGGACGUCUUGUCAACUUGGGAUGCGCUACAGGGCAUUCAUCUUUCGUUAUGUCUAACUCUUUUACCAACCAGGUGUUAGCGCAAAUUGAAUUAUGGACAAAGCACAAAACUUACCCCAUUGGUGUUCACACAUUGCCGAAAAAACUAGAUGAAGAGGUUGCUGCCCUGCAUUUGGAUCAUCUUGGUGUCAAACUGGAAAAACUUACAUCUAAACAAGCUAAAUAUAUUGGUGUUCCAUUAGAAGGCCCAUACAAACCUGACCAUUACAGAUACUAA